UAGUGGAAGACAGAGCGUUACCGCAACUACAAGACGGUUUAAAACCAGUGCAGCGUCGAAUACUUUAUACUUUAUAUGAGUUAGGAUUGUUGCCAAAUAAAGGCUAUCGUAAAUCAGCUAAAACAGUCGGCGAUGUGAUGGGUAAAUAUCACCCUCAUGGGGAGCAAAGCAUUUACCAAGCUAUGGUGAAAAUGGCUCAGGACUUCAAUUAUCGUUAUCCGCUAGUGGAUGGACAAGGCAAUUGA